AUGGAAAAUUCAUUGUGUGCAAGAUUGCCUGGACCCAAGUCUGAACAUCCAGGUGUUUGUCCCAACAAGUUGAAUGCCAACUUGUGGGUUGAUGCACAAAGCACCUGCGAACGCGAAUGUGAAGUUGACCAGGACUGUGCCGACUUUGAGAAGUGCUGCACAAACGUGUGUGGCCUGUAUAGCUGCGUCGCCGCCCGCUUCGCAGACGGCUCCCCUGCCACGCCCGAUGGCCAGCCCGGCGAGGUGUCGCAGAGCGGUGGGCAGGGCCCGGUCGCCACAUGCCAAGGCUUCAUCUGCAGCCAGCAGGGCUCCACCUGCGACAUCUGGGAGGGCCAGCCCAUCUGCAAGUGCCAGGACCGCUGUGAGAAGGAGCCCAGCUUCACGUGCGCGUCUGACGGCCUCACCUACUUCAACCGCUGCUACAUGGACGCCGAGGCGUGCAUCCGCGGCGUCAGCCUGACCGUGGUCACCUGCCGCUACCACCUGCCGGGGCCGCAGACCAGCCCGCUGCCCCAGGACACGACAGCGUUCCCGACCCCGACGGCGUACCUGGAGGACCAGCUGCCGCCGACGCUCUACAGCAACCCUAGCCACCAGUCGGUGUACGUGGGGGGGACGGUCAGCUUCCACUGCGACGUGAUCGGCAUGCCCCGGCCGGACGUCACCUGGGAGAAGCAGUCCGAGCGACGCGAGCGGAUCGUCAUGAGACCUGACCAGAUGUACGGCAACGUGGUCAUCACCAACAUCGGCCAGCUGGUGGUCUACAACGCCCAAGUGUGGGACACGGGCAUCUACACCUGCAUCGCCCGCAACACCGUGGGCGUCCUGCGCGCCGACUACCCGCUGUCGGUCAUCCGGCGGUCCGAGGACGACUUCCUGGACGACCCGGAGCUGAACAUGCCCAUGGGGAACCCGUUCUCGCCGGCCGACUGCCUGGCCGAGCUGGACCGGCGGGAGUGCGGCGAGCGCAAUGUGGAGUGGUAUUACGACGCCAAGCAGGCCACGUGCCUGACCUUCGCCCACGGGGGCUGCGAGGGCACCCGCAACCGCUUCGAGACCUACGAGGAGUGCCGCGCGUCGUGCCAGCGCGAGGGCAUGGGCAUCUGUCUGCUGCCCGCCGUCCAGGGCCCCUGCAAGUCCUGGGAGGCGCGCUGGGUGUACAACGCCAUGAUGAAGCAGUGCCAGGCGUUUGCGUACGGAGGUUGCCAGGGCAACGGCAACAGCUUCCGCACCAAGGGCGAGUGCGAGGCCAACUGCCCGCAGAUAAAGAGCCGGCCCUGCAAAACGUGCCGGGUCAAGAGCAAGAUGGUCCCGAGUUUCUGCCGCAGCGAUUUCGCCAUCGUGGGGAAACUGACCGAGCUGAUCGAGGACCUGGACUCGGGAAUCGCCCGCUUCAGCCUGGAGAAGGUGCUCCGGGACGAAAAGAUGGGGCUGGCGUUCUUCAACACCCGACACCUGGAGGUGACGCUGACCAAGAUGGACUGGUCGUGCCCGUGUCCGAACAUCACGAUGGAUGACGGCACUCUGCUGGUCAUGGGGGAAGUCCAGGACGGCAUGGCGGUGAUCCAGCCGGACAGUUACAUCCGUUCCAUCUCUGAGAGGCGGCUCAAAAAGAUCCACGAGGUUCUCGAGAAGAAGACUUGUGAAAUGCUCAGAAGAUUCCAGGAUUAGGACUUUCCAGAACUAGGACUUUCUCUGCAUAUUCACUUUAAUUUAGCAGACAUCUAAUGAAGAUACAAACAACUGCUUCUUGCGAUGCCAU